AUGGUGGUCUUCCCCUCUGCCUGUCUGUGUGGCCCCGCUCGUGCACCCCUCCUUCCUGGAAAACCCUUCCUGGUCCUGUGGGGUGUUCCUGACAAGGGGUGUAUUGGUCGCCCAGACCCCACAGCAUUUGGAAUGGAGUGGGAGGGCAGGGUGGCCGUAUUUUACGAGGACACGCUGGGACUGUAUCCCUAUUUCACAGCCCAAGAUCAGCCCAUCAACGGAGGUCUUCCCCAACACACAAGCCUUGACCUCCACCUCCAGAGGGUGGAGAGGGACCUCGUCUCAGCAUUACCCCAGGCAGGAGCUCCAGGGUUGGGAGUAUUGAGGUGGGAAGAAUGGGCCCCCCAGUGGAGCAGGAACAGAGGGAAACAGUUAAAGUACUUGGCGGAUUCUCGAGCUCUCCUGAGGGCAUUUUUCCCAGACUGGAGCCCUGAAGAGUUGGAAAAAUGGGCUCAGGUGGACUUUGAGGCAGCUGCACAGUCCAUUCUCAUGGAAACUCUGAAGGAGGUCAUGAGGCUCCGCCCAAAGAGGUUAUGGGGUGUGGCUCCAUACCCAGAUUGCUAUAAUUCGGGUCCUGGCCAGCAGCUGGCAAAUUACACGGGGCGGUGCCCAGCUGCAGAGAUGGCCCUUAAUGAUGAACUAAUGUGGCUAUGGAAACGGAGUUCUGCCCUGUAUCCAGUCAUCUCUCUCCAAAAACUCCCAGAAGGUACAAAAGGAGCGUGGCUUUAUGCAUCCAAUCAGAUUCGAGAGUCUCUGAGAUUGGCGGCACUGGCGGGAACAGCCUACGACCUCCCAGUUUUUCCACUAGUCAAAACUACAUACAGCUCCACCAGUGCCUUCCUCUCUGAGGCUGAUCUGGUAAACACAGUGGGAGAGAGUGCUGCUAUGGGGGCGGCUGGAGUCAUUAUCUGGGAAAGAUCCUUCUCUGCAAAAACACAGAGAUCUUGCUCUGAGCUUGCGGCGUACGUGCGAGAGGUUCUCGGCCCGUAUGCCGUUAACGUAACCACGGCAACGCGUCUCUGCGGCGUCUCGCUGUGUCAGGGGCGUGGUCGCUGCGUACGGAAGAAGCCAGAGGACCCCACCUACCUGCACCUUCCCUCCGCCCACUUCAAGCUGCUGCCCGAGGGGGCGGACGGCCUGCGGGCGGCCGGGGAACUCGCACCCGCCAAUAUCGAUGCCUGGAGGCGGGACUUCCGGUGCCAGUGGUUCGAAGCAUUGGAGGGCGCGGUUGCCGAUCAAGAGUCGGGCGGGGCAGAGGCUGUGGGCGCGAGGCAGCCGCCAACGCUGAAACCACCCUCUGUGGUCAGCCAGAGUGAGGUCACGGUUACCACGACGACUGGCGGACAGCAAAUAACGGACAGCGGCUGCCCAGCCCACGCUGUAUCCGUCAUUCUCUUCUCUGCACUUCUUCUGAUCAGUCUCUCAGACUUUCAGGGCUGA